AUGGCAGUGACGAGCAUUCUCCAUUUGGCAUUCACAUUUGGCAUUCUAGGAAACAUUAUUUCAACCAUGGUGUACUUGGCUCCAGUGCCAACAUUUAUCCGAAUUUUCAAAAAAAAAUCAACAGAAGAUUUCCAGUCGUUGCCUUAUCUCAUGGCAUUGUUCAGUUCUAUGCUUUGGCUGUACUAUGCAAUGCUCAAAAAAGAUACAAUUCUUCUUGUCACCAUCAACUCAUUUGGAUGUGUCAUAGAGACUACUUACAUUGCCAUCUAUAUUGUUUAUGCAACAAGAGAGAGCAGGGUCUCAACAAUCAAACUACUUAUUUCUAUGAACUUGGGGUUGUUCUCUUUGAUCCUUCUCCUUGCACAUUUUCUAGUGAGUGGUUCAGUACGUGUUAAGGUUCUUGGUUGGCUUUGUGUUGCCUUGUCCGUGUGCGUCUUUGCAGCACCUUUAAACAUCCUGAAACAAGUAAUUCGAACAAAGAGCGUAGAGUUCAUGCCGUUCACCCUGUCAUUUUUCCUUACUUUGAGCGCGGUCAUGUGGUUUGCCUAUGGCCUUUUACUCAAGGACUUGUGUAUCGCUCUUCCGAACAUCUUGGGCUUCAUCUUGGGGUUACUUCAGAUGCUGCUAUAUGGGAUCUACAGGAAUGCACAGAAGGUUGAAGAGAAAAAGAAGCUGCCAGCUGAAAACUUAAAGAGUAUUGUCAUAUUAAGCGCAGUAGGGGGGCCUGAAGUUUAUCCGGUCGAUGCAAAACCUGACGUGAAUGGAGGUGCUGAGGAGCAUGACCAGACAGAGGAGUCUAAGGAGGAUGAGAAAAGCAUGGAAGCUUCACAGGAUAAGCUCCAAUCAAAUGAAUGUGCAGUUUGAUUUACACGUAUUUAUUUAUUAUAACCUUGUUACAAACUUCCUCGCUAAUGAUCAUACGAUGCCAUGCCAUCGAUCCCCUACCAGUAGUAAUUAAGUAGCAUUAAUUUCAUGUUGUACACUCUGUAUA